AUGCAACCGAGUGCUACGGGCAGUGACAUUGGCGACAUCAUGAUCUUUGGCGGCCUUGAGAUUGUUGCAGGUGGAUACCUCAUCCACCGACACUACCGGAAGAAGAACGACAAGGAGCAGCUUGAGGCAGAAGCCCAGAAAAGGCGCCAUAACACGUUUCCUGGUGCCAAUCCGGCGAAGCAGAAUGGCUGGAACACGCAAGCUCAUCAUCGUCCUCAACACCAUCAGCAGCAGCAGCAGCAGCAACAACAACAACCUGCGGUACCACAGCAGAAGUAUGCGUGCUAUGCUCCAGCGGCACAGCCUCGACCACCGAUAUACCAACCGCAAUGUCAAACUCAGGCCCAGCCUCAGUACCAAUCCCAACCUCAAUGCCGACCGCACGUGCUUCCCCAUACUCAGAGCUUCAACAUUCCACGGCGGCCUGUACCGCAGCGGAAACCUCAGAUCAUCAUACAACCUUCUCUCCAACGAACCGACUCCUUUGCGACGAUAUCGCGCAUGCCCAUCGCGAACGGCUCACGGCCACAAGACAUACCUGAACAGACUAGCCCUGCGGCUGGUCUUUCAUCUGUACCGCAACAUGGCAUCUAUGGAAAUGCAGGCUUCUCGAUGUCGACACCAACUUUCGGUGCGACGCCUACAUCUCCUGGGCUGACCUACGAGUUGGCUACCGAGCCUCAGGGUGGUGCUAGUCAGACUAUUGAUGACAACUGGGAGACAUAUGGACAUGGCCAUGGUGGUGGAGGGCUACAUUACGCGCCCACCGUGUCCACUGAACUGGGCGAGCGGGAUCCGCCGCCUCCUUAUACGCCUUGA